AUGGAAGAUCAAAUUCCUGUUCUCGAUAAACAAUUGGAAGAUAAACAAUGGAUUGCAGCCAAUCAAUAUUCGAUUGUUGAUAUGGCAGUCUAUUCAUGGGCAGUCUAUAUUCGUGAAGGAUUUCUUCCAAAUUACGAGAAAUACAAGAAUGUAAUGGCUUGGUUGGACAGAAGGAAUCAAAGACCUGCUGUUGCCAAACAUCUUCCAACUAUUCUUGCACCACUGAAAGAGGAAAUCGAACAUCUCACUCACGCUGGAACCUAUAGAAUUAAAUUCGAUUAA